CGGGGGGGGCCAGAGCUGCCUGCAUGACACUCCGGCGGGGAGAGAAGACCACCAUCAGCAUCCAGGAGCAUAUGGCCAUUGACGUGUGUCCAGGUCCCAUCAAGCCCAUCAAACAAAUCUCCGACUACUUCCCCCGCUUCCCCCGGGGACUCCCGACGGCCGUCAGCAGGACCGACUCCCUGCAGGCCGGGGGCAGCCAAGCCUCGGUCAGCCCCUCCGACCCCCCCAGGGACGACGAGGAGGAUGUGGACCAGCUGUUCGGCGCCUACGGCCCCAGCCCCACCCGCCAGCGGCAGCCCCCGCCCCGACCGCAGCCCCAGCCCCAGCCCGGUGGCAGCGGCGGUAGCGGCGGAGGCAAGCCGGAGGAAGACAUAGACGGGGAGGGCUACGAGUCGGACGACUGCACUGCCUUGGGGACCUUAGACUUCAGUUUGCUCUACGACCAGGAAAACAAUGCCCUUCACUGCACCAUCAGUAAAGCCAAGGGACUGAAGCCAAUGGACCAUAAUGGGCUGGCAGAUCCAUACGUCAAACUGCAUUUGCUUCCAGGAGCAAGUAAGGCAAAUAAACUCAGAACAAAAACUCUUCGGAAUACCCUAAACCCCACCUGGAAUGAGACCCUCACCUACUACGGAAUCACAGAUGAAGAUAUGAUCCGGAAGACGCUAAGGAUUUCCGUCUGUGACGAGGACAAAUUCCGCCACAAUGAGUUCAUUGGGGAGACUCGGAUCCCCUUGAAAAAACUGAAACCCAACCAAACCAAGACCUUCAGCAUCUGCCUGGAGAAACAGCUGCCGGUGGAUAAGACGGAAGACAAGUCCCUGGAAGAGCGAGGGCGGAUCCUGAUAUCCCUCAAGUACAGCUCCCAGAAGCAGGGCCUGCUGGUGGGCAUCGUGAGGUGUGCGCAUCUGGCGGCCAUGGAUGCCAAUGGAUACUCCGACCCCUACGUGAAAAUAUACCUGAAACCUGACGUGGACAAGAAAUCCAAACACAAGACGGCUGUGAAGAAGAAAACCCUGAAUCCAGAAUUCAAUGAGGAGUUCUGCUAUGAAAUAAAGCACGGAGACCUGGCUAAGAAGACCCUGGAGGUCACUGUCUGGGAUUAUGAUAUCGGCAAAUCAAAUGAUUUCAUCGGAGGCGUCGUGUUGGGCAUCAACGCCAAGGGCGAGCGCCUGAAGCACUGGUUCGACUGCCUGAAAAACAAGGACAAGAAAAUCGAGCGCUGGCACACGCUGACCAAUGAGCUGCCUGGAGCUGUCCUCAGUGACUGACCUCUGCCCCCUGCCCCCUCACACAGCCACAAUUCAGGGUCUGAGCUUCAUGUUUACUCAGCAGCAUCAGAAGGCUCCUGCACCACCGCGUACACAGAAACACCACCUCGUCUGUCCACUCUGGACGCUGGCAAGUGCCAGGCUGGGCCCAGGGCAUCCAGGCGCCAAGAGCCAGAUGUCCCCCAUGCUGGAAGCCCAAGG